UAAACAGCUCUGAUUGUAGUGUGUUGUGCUUUCGUAGGAAUAAAUAAAUAUAUGUUUACAAUUUUUUAACAAAAAUUAUUAAAAUAAUCACAUAAAAAUGUUAACGACACGUUUAUUAAGUAAACUGCCCAAAACCAGAAAUAUAUUAAUGCCAACCAUUUCUGCCAUUGAUAGCAUACAAAUACAAAAUAUUAGCACAGAUGUCAACAAAUUCCGUGGAUUAUUUAAGCCGGUGGGGCAAAUUGCUUGUCAAUAUUGUUCGGCCAGUACCACGGCAACUACCCCAGUCGGAGUAACCGAUAAAUCCAAUGCUGCUGAUAAUGGUAUAUUGAAGAGAGUUUUAAAAAAAGUUGGUUUUACACCAAAUUCUAAAGCGCGUUUAAGGGUUUCCAGUCAUAUGUUGUAUGAAAGUGUAGCCGAUAAAAUAAAUUAUUUGGCAUUUUUCAAAGAUUUCGAUAUGCCUAAUACUUUUAAUUCGUGGUUUUUGGUGACCGAAUUACAUGUUUGGAUGUUAUUGCUUAGAUCCAUGGCCGAGGGCUCAGAAACUGGUGAAGAUGGCCGAUUUUUACGUAAUUGCAUAGUGGAAGCUAUGUGGGGUGAUGUUAAUACUAGAGCCAAAAAAUUAGGGGCCAAUAAUCCCUCACGCACACGCCAACAAAUUGAAGAGCUGUCUGAACAAUUUCAAGCUGCCUUAAUUGCCUAUGAUGAGGGCAUUAUGUCAGAGGAUAGAGUAUUAGCAGCUGCCUUAUGGCGUCGCUUUUUUGAAUUGAAUUGUGAGGAAUAUGAACGCAUAGAACGUUUAGUGAAGUACGUACGCAGUCAGGUCCAAAUGCUGGAUAAUCUUUCACGUCAAGAUUUUCUCAUAAAACCCAAAAUACCUUGGCAAGAUUUGGAUAAAAUUAAUAUUUAAUCAUAUAUCAGGUAUAAAUGAUUGUUUAUUUUUUUUUUGUAUAGACUAAAAUAAAUUGUUAAUGAAAAUAAAAGAUAAUGGAAAAUUUGUAGCAUAAUGAAAAAGCAUAACAAUUAAACAUACAAA